AUGACUGAUAUCCUUGAACGGUUAGCUGAGAGACAUGUUCUAGGGCCACUUAAGCAACCCAGGGCCCAGGAUAGAGAGGAAGAUAGAGCGUUGGAGAGAUUUCUGAAAUUUAACCCGCCUAAAUUCACUGGAGAACCUAACCCCGAGGUAGCGGAGAAUUGGUUGGAGAGGAUGACCAAUAUAUUCGCCGCCUUAGAUUAUACCGAAGAUAGGCUGGUGGACAAAAUCAAUGUAUCAAUCGGGCAAGAUGCCAAGUCAAAAUCUCUGAUUGGGGUCCUGGACAUCUAUGGUUUUGAAAGCUUCAAGCAUAAUAGCUUUGAGCAAUUCUGCAUUAACUUUACAAAUGAGAAACUGCAGCAACAUUUUAACCAGCAUGUCUUCAAGAUGGAGCAAGAAGAAUACACAAGAGAGGUCAUUGAUUGGAGCUAUAUUGAAUUUGUUGACAAUCAAGAUGUUUUAGAUCUUAUUGAGAAGAAACCAGGUGGAAUUGUUGCUCUUCUUGAUGAAGCCUGUAUGUUUCCAAAGUCAACACAUGAAACAUUUGCAAACAAGCUUUAUAUGACUUUCAAGAAUCAUAAGCGGUUUCUGAAGCCUAAAUUGUCUCGCACAGAUUUCAUAAUAUCUCAUUAUGCUGGAGAGGUUCACUACCAGUCUGAUCAAUUUUUGGACAAAAAUAAAGAUUAUGUGGUUCCAGAACAUCAAGACCUGUUAAGUGCUUCUAAAUGCUCUUUUGUCGCUGGCCUUUUUCCUUCAAUUCAUGAAGAGACUACAAAAUCUUCCAAGUUUGCAUCAAUUGGGUCACGUUUUAAGUUACAACUACAACAAUUGAUGGAAACUUUAAAUGCUACAGAACCGCACUAUAUAAGAUGUGUAAAGCCAAACAAUCUUCUUAAACCUGCCAUUUUCGAGAAUUCAAAUAUAAUGCAACAAUUGCGCUGUGGAGGUGUUCUGGAAGCAAUCAGAAUAAGUUGUGCUGGAUAUCCUACUCGCCGACCUUUUUUUGAGUUCAUAAACCGAUUUGGGCUUCUUGCACCUGAGGUUUUGGAAGGAAGUUAUGAUGAAAAAGUUGCAUGCCAGAAGAUUUUGGAAAAGAAAGGGCUCAAUGGAUCUCAGAUAGGUAAAACAAAGGUUUUCCUAAGAGCUGGUCAGAUGGCUGAGUUAGAUGCUCGAAGGGCAGAAGUUCUUUCAAGUGCAGCAAAAGCCAUACAACAGCGAAUACGAACUCAUUAUGCUCGUAAGCAAUUUGUUGCAUUGAGAAAAGCAAGCAUCUGUAUGCAGUCUUUGUGCAGAGGUAAACUGGCUUGCAAACAUUAUGAGGGAAUGAAAAGGGAGGCAGCUGCAGUAAAAAUUCAGAAGAACACGCGUAGACGUGAAGCCAGAAUGGCAUAUAACAAACUCCGCAUCUCAGUGCUUGUUUUGCAGACAGGCUUGCGUUCAAUGGAUGCUUGUAAAAGAUUUACAUUUAAAAGGCAAAGUAGAGCUGCAACUGUAAUUCAGGCAAUGUGGCGCUGUCAUAAAGCAUCAUCAUAUCACAGAAAACUUAAGAGAGGAACAAUAAUUGCACAAUGCAGAUGGAGGGGAAAAAUUGCCAGGAGGGAGUUACGGAAGCUAAAAAUGGCUGCAAGAGAAACAGGGGCAUUGAAAGAGGCCAAAGACAAGCUUGAGAAACAAUUGGAGGAGCUCACAUGGCGCUUACAGCUGGAAAAACGUCUGAGGACUGACCUAGAAGAAGCCAAAGCACAAGAAAUAGCAAAAUUACAAAACUCUUUGGAGGCUAUGCAAAAGAAAGUUGAUGAAGCAAAUGCACUGCUAGUCAAAGAACGAGAGUCCGCAAAAAAGGCUAUUCAAGAUGCACCUCCAGUCAUCAAGGAGGUUCCAGUUUAUGUUGAAGACACCAAUAAAGUUGAAUCUCUGACAGAAGAAAUUAACAGUUUAAAGGCUUCAUUGCAGCAUGAAAAGGAAAGCUCUAAUGAGCUACAACAGCAGUAUGGCAAAGCACAAGAGUCUAGUGAAGAAAGACGUAAACAGUUAGAAGAAACAGAAGGAAGACUUCAUCAGCUCCAAGAAUCUUUACACAGGCUAGAGGAGAAAUUGAAUAAUUUGGAAUCAGAGAAUAAAGUUCUUCGUCAACAAGCUGUAUCAAUUGCACCAAAUAAGUUCCUCUCUGGACGAUCUAGAUCAAUUCUUCAGAGGAUGGAAAGCAGUCAUUCCUUUGGCGAUACUAGGAUGACCAUGGAUUUGCAUAGUGCUUCAAUGAAUCAUAGGGAUUUUGAAGCAGAUGACAAACCACAAAAGUCACUGAAUGAGAAACAGCAGGAGAAUCAGGAGUUGCUACUUCGUUGCAUUGCUCAACACUUGGGCUUUGCCUGCAAUAGGCCAAUUGCAGCAUGCAUCAUAUAUAAAUGCCUUCUGCAUUGGAGAUCUUUUGAAGUUGAGAGGACUAGUGUUUUUGACCGCAUCAUCCAGACUAUAGGUCAUGCUAUCGAGAAAACCCAGGACAACAAUGAUGUCUUGGCCUAUUGGCUAUCAAAUGCUUCUACUCUCUUAUUGCUGCUCCAGCGGACAUUGAAAGCCAGUGGUGCUGCUGGCAUGGCACCUCAACGACGUCGAUCGUCCUCUGCAAGUCUCUUUGGGAGGAUGAAUUACAGUUUCAGGGGAACACCCCAAGGGGUCAACCUAUCUUUUGUAACUAGUGGCAUCCCUGGUGGAGUAGAAUCUUUACGCCAAAUUGAAGCAAAGUACCCUGCUUUACUCUUCAAACAGCAACUUACAGCUUAUGUGGAAAAAAUCUACGGGAUGAUUCGUGAUAAUCUGAAGAAGGAAAUAUCUCCAUUGCUUGGGCUGUGUAUUCAGGCACCAAGAACUUCUAGAGCAAGCUUAGUUAAGGGAUCAUCGCGUUCAGUUGCGAAUACUGCUGCCCAGCAAGUUUUGAUUGCUCACUGGCAAGGAAUAGUGACAAGCCUUUUUAAUUUAUCGGGUGUUAUGAGAUAA